AUGGUUUCCGUUUUUCUCUUUUCUUAUUUAUUUGCAUUUCUUUGUCUUUCCUUUUUACUUUUCAUAUUUAUUUGCAUUUCUUCCUUUGUCGUUCCUUUUUACUUUUCUUAUUUUAUUUUUGCCGUUUUUUCUUUGCCUUUCCUUAUUUGCCUUUCCUCUUUAAUUUUCUUAUUUAUUUGGAUUUCUCAGUCAUUCCUUUUUACUUUUCUUAUUCUAUAUUUGCAUUUCUUUUUUCUGUCUUUGUCUUUCCUUUUUACUUUUCUUAUUUUAUUUUUGCCUUUGUUUCUUAGCCUUUCUUUCUUUAUCUUUUCUUUUUACUUUUCUUAUUUUAUUUUUGCCUUUCUUUCUUUGCCUUUCUUUCUUUGCCUUUCUUUCUUUGUCUUUCUUUUAUCUUUUCAUAUUUAUUUGCAUUUCUUUGUCAUUCAUUUUUACUUUUAUUAUUUUAUUUUUGCCUUUCUUUCUUUGCAUUUCUUUCUUUGUCUUUCCUUUUUAAUUUUCUUAUUUAUUUGCAUUUCUUUGUCAUUUUUUUUACAUUUCUUAUUUUAUUUUCGCCUUUCUUCUUUCUUUCUUUCUUUUCUUUCCUAUAUACUUUUAUUAUUUAUUUGA